UGCGCACUCCGCCACGGAGCGGCUGGGAGUUCCAGGUUGUGGAGACCGGAGUUACCAAGACCGGGAGAGGUGGCCCGUCAGUCCGUCUGUCCCUCCGUCCUUUCCCUCCCUGAAGGCGCGGCGCCGUUUGUCUUAGCGCGGGGUGAAGCUUCUGGGAAGCGUUGCGCCUGAUAAACGGUUUGGAACGGCCGAGUUUGGGUGAGGCCGGGGCCGCUUCCAGCCACUCGGAUCUUUUACUCUUUUUCGCUCCAAAAUUUUCAACGGUCUGAAGGGUGCCGGGCCCGCUUCGGUUCUUUCUUUCUUUCUUUAUUAUUGUUUUGCUUUCUGGUUACGGAAUGAUAGGAUUUCUCGUCGGGGAGCGCCUUUAUUGAGCAAUACCGAGCCACAGCAUGUCGAUUAUUCUAAACACCAAGAGGCAGUAGCAGGAAAUUGACAUGGGCAAACAACAAAUAUGGAAUUUGCUGAACUGCAAGUCUGCAAUAAAAUCGAUCAAUAAAGUUCCAUAUAACAUGAUGCAUUCUACACCUGUGAUUUUAAACCUAAAAAAUAAGUGUCAGGAUAUGAGAAAUUUUCCAGUAUUGGAAGGUGAAAUACCUUCAUUCUGUAAACAUAUAUUUGAGGGAAAUGCAAGGAACAGCAAGACAUGUAUUCAAAGAUAUUCAGAGCUAUCUGAGAAGGUCAAAAGCAGAACAAAAAGUGCAAUAUUGAUUCAUACACAGAGGAAAAAGAAAUUGCUUGUUCAUGAACGCUUAAAAUUGCUUCUUGACGAUGAAUCUUUUCUUGAGCUUUCUCCUCUUGCAGGGCUUGAUAUGCCAUAUGGUGAUGUUCCUGCUGGAGGAUGUAUCACUGGAAUUGGAAGAAUAUCUGGAAUCUGGUGUUCUUUUAUAGCAAAUGAUUCAUUAAUAAAAGGUGGAACCAUUUAUCCUAUUACACUGAAGAAAAUGCUAAGAUCUCAAGAAAUAGCAAUUAAAAAUAAACUUCCAUUUGUCUAUAUAGUAGACAGUGGGGGAGCAUUCUUGCCACUUCAGGCUGAGCUGUUUGCUGACCAAUUCCACGGAGGCCGAAUAUUCUAUAAUCAGGCUGUAAUGUCUGCACUGAAAAUCCCUCAGAUGUCAAUUGUAUGUGGCUCUUGUACUGCUGGAGGUGCUUAUAUUCCUGUGAUGUCAGAAGAAACAUCCAUUGUAGAUAAAAUUGGGACAGUGUUUCUCGGUGGUCCCCCUUUAGUUAAAGCAGCCACAGGAGAAGAUACUAAUCCUGAGGAAUUAGGAGGAGCCAGUGUGCAUGCUAAGAUCAGUGGCUGUGUUGAUCAUUUUGCAACUUCUGAAAAAGAAGCAUUUGAAUAUACUAAAAAUGCUAUUUCAACACUGAAUUAUGUAAUUCCUAUAGAAGAGAGUCUAGAAUUUGAUAAUCCCUUGUAUGGUGAUGAUGACCUCCUAGGACUUGCACCACAAGAUUAUAGUUACACAUUACAUGUAAAAUUGAUUCUGAGCCGGAUAAUAGAUGGCAGCAGAUUCCAAGAAUUCAAAGCUAAUUAUGGUAUAACUUUGGUAACAGGAUUUGCCUACUUAGAAGGAGAACUAGUUGGAAUAGUGGCUAACAAUGGUGAACUGACACAGAAUGCUUCUCUAAAAGGUUGCCAUUUCAUACAGCUUUGUAGCCAAAGAAACAUUCCUAUCCUGUUUCUCAUGAAUACUGCUCCAUAUAUUGCAGAGGCAACCAAUCCCAUACAGGCAGAAGAUCAAGCUAAUAGGUUAAAGGCACAGGCCUCCAUGAUGGCUGCAGUUGCCUGUGCCUCUGUGCCAAAGAUAACAGUUGUGAUUGGUGGCUGUUUAGGAAGUGAAAGUUAUGCUAUGUGUGGAAGAUCGUUUGAUCCAAACUUUCUGUUUCUUUGGCCAAAUGCAAGAAUUGCCCUUGUGGAUUCAAGACGUAGUUUCACAUUCACACAGCUCUGGAACAAUAACUAUUCAGAAUCAGAAAUAGACUUAAAAUUAUUAAAAGGAAAGCUGCAAAAUGAAAGUAAUGCACUUUACUCCUCUGCCAGGAUCUGGGAUGAUGGAGUAAUCUUGCCCCAGAGUUCAAGGAAGGUUAUUGGACAAUGUUUAAGAAUUAUGAAGCAACAAAGAUACCGGAUAGUGUCCAUGCAACAAUCUUCUUUUCCUAUCAUGAGAAUGUAAGCAAGUAAAAGUACAGACACUCUCAAGUCAAUCUUGACUCUUCUACCCAAUGUGACACAUCCAUCUGUGAUCUUGGCAACAAUAUAGAAGAAAAGUACUUUUUACUUCCCAAUGUAACUCCAAUGUUAGAACACUAUUAUGUAUAAUUUAUAUAAUCAAGAAUUUUUUUAAAGUCUCAAAGAUUUAAAGCAAUUGACACUAACUUUUUCAACUUUGAAAAAAACUUCAAAAAUGCCAAAGACUAGCUCCCAGCACCUCAAUCCUUAUAAUAGAUUAAUCCAGAAGUUCAAGGUGUGUGUGUGUGUGUGUGUGUGUGUGUGCACGCGCGCCAGAUGUAGAGCAAUAUACUUUUUAUGGAAUCUUCUCAUAUCUUUUCACCAAUUAUAUCAAAACCCUUUUUCUAGUUAUAAAGGUUUUCACUUCCCAGAACAUACAUAUACAGAACAUACUGUGAAUAUGUAGGUGUUCAAAUCUGAAGAUACAAAUACAGGUAGCCCUUGACUUAUGACCACACUAGAGCCCAACAUAUCUGUAAUAUUUGUUUAGUGAAUUUUUCCCCAUUUUAUGACUCCUAACAUGGUUGUUAAGUGAAUCACUGCAGUUAUCAAGUUAGUAAAAAGGUGGUAAGCAGGGGGGAAAUGCUCCCGGUUCAGAUCGGAUCGCCCAAUCUGGUAACGAUGGCGGCGGGUGGUUCGGAGAACUGGUAGCAAAAAUCCCUGGCCCCCCUCCCCCCAUGCCCAGCUGAGUCGUGUGAUCAUCAGAGGUUUUUUUUUUUUUACUUUUAAAAGCAUUUUUUCUUCAGCCGAAAAAAUGCUUUUAAAAAUUAAAAAAAAAAAGCCUCUGGUGAUCGUGCUACUCAGCUGGGAUUGUCAGAGGAGCCUAUUAAAAGCAUUAAACCGAAGAGGUUGUAGAAAAAAUGCUUUUAAAAAUUAAAAAAAAAGUUGGCCACACCCACCCAGUCAUUACCCCUCCUGACCAAGCGACGCCCACAGAACCAGUAGUAACAAAUUUUACGUUUCACCACUGGCUGUAAGUCAAUAUGGCUUCCCUAUUGACUUUGAUUGUCGGAAAGUCACAGAAGGUGAUCACAUGACUCCAGGACACUUCAACCUUCAUAAAUUAGUCAAUUGCCAAGCUGCUAAGUUUUGAUCAUGUGACCAUGGGGAUGCUGCAAUGGUUGUAAGUGUGAAAAAUGGUCAUAAAUCACUUUUUUCAGGGCUGUUGUAACUUUGAACCAUCACUAAAUGAACUGCCGAGGACUACCUAUAGUACAGUUGAAGAUAAGGAGAAGUUAUGACUAUUUAAAAAAAAAAUAUUCACAUUUUACAUAAUUUUUAUUAGACAAAUCAUUAUUUGUAAGAUAAAGAUGUUUAAGGUAUCAGAGAGAUCAAAUUCAAAAUAUCAUUUUCUCUGAUAAGUGAAAAAGAUGAAUUAUUUCAUUUUAAUUUUUAAAAAUAAUUUAUGUUCAAAUAUUAAAAAUAUAAGAAAUCUAAA